CGGAAGUGACGUGAUUUGUUUAAUGGCAGCGCACUGUAUCGCCACGCUUCGUUUUUAGAACUACUUUUCCCCUCCUUUUUUUUAAACGUAUCUUUAUUAAUUUGUCACUAUGCCCGGGAGACAAAACAACAAACUACCAAACAAUUUACCGCAACUGCAGAACCUGAUCAAAAGAGACCCGCAGUCUUAUCUGGAUGAGUUUCUCCAGCAGCACCGACAUUAUCAGUCCAAUGUAGAGAUCUUCAAACUGCAGCCUGACAAACCCAACAAGGAGCUGGCAGAACUCGUCAUGUUUCUGGCGCAGGUGGCUCACUGCUACACUCAGCAGCUGUCUACACUUCCUCGGGAUCUGUCUGAGUUAUUGAUGAAUCACCACACAGUUGUGGAGCCAGAUCUACGUAUGACCCUCUGUAAAGCACUUAUUCUUCUGAGGAAUAAGAAUUUGAUCGACCCCUGUGGACUGCUGGAGCUCUUCUUUGAGCUGCUGCGAUGUCAUGACAAACUGCUUAGAAAGACUCUGUACACACACAUUGUAUCAGAUAUCAAAAACAUCAAUGCAAAGCACAAAAACAACAAGGUUAACACAACUUUGCAGAACUUCAUGUACACCAUGCUGAGAGAUAGUAAUCCCACCGCUGCAAAAAUCUCCUUGGAUGUGAUGGUGGAGCUUUACAAAAGAAACAUAUGGAACGAUACCAAAACUGUUAAUGUCAUUACAACAGCAUGCUUCUCAAGUGUGACAAAGAUUCUUGUUGGAGGCCUCAAGUUUUUUCUUGGUAAAGAUGAAGAUGAAAAAAACGAGAGUGAUUCAGAAUCAGAGAAUGAGGGACCAUCGUCCAGAGAUCUGAUGGUGAGAUACAACACGGGCAAGAAAACCUCCAAAAACAAGAAGAAGCUGGAAAAAGCCAUGAAAGUCCUCAAGAAACACAAGAAAAAGAAGAAAGCAGAAGUGUUCAAUUUUUCUGCGAUUCACCUCAUUCACGACCCUCAAGAUUUUUCAGAGAAGCUCUUAAAGCAGUUGGAGAGCUCCAAGGAGCGAUUUGAGGUGAAGAUAAUGAUGAUGGAACUCAUUUCUCGCCUGGUUGGAAUCCAUGAGCUUUUCCUCUUUAAUUUCUACCCGUUCAUCCAGAGGUUUCUGCAGCCUCAUCAGAGAGACGUGACAAAGAUUCUCCUGUGUGCCGCGCAGGCCUCCCACCAGCUCGUCCCUCCUGAGGUAAUCGACCCUAUGAUCAUGGCCAUCGCCAACAACUUUGUGACAGACAGGAACUCUGGGGAGGCCAUGACUGUCGGUAUAAACGCCAUCAAGGAAGUGGUAUCCCGUUGUCCGCUUGCGAUCACUGAAGAGCUGCUCCAAGACUUGUCCCAGUACAAGACCCACAAAGACAAGAAUGUAAUGAUGUCAGCUAGAGGACUGAUUCAGCUGUUCAGAAAGCUCAAUCCACAGAUGCUGCUGAAAAAGGACAGGGGGAAACCCACAGAGGCGUCAGUAGAAGCCAAAAUCAAAGACUAUGGAGAGCUUAAGGCCAAAGAUUACAUCCCUGGAGCUGAAGUCCUGGAUGAGGAGGAGGAGAACAAAGAGAAAGAGGACGAUGAAGGCUGGGAGAGUGCCAGUAUCAGUGAUGAUGAUGAGGAUGGAGAGUGGGUGGACGUUCACCAUUCGUCCGAUGAAGAUGCAGGAGCCAUGGCGGAGAAACUUCAAAGCAUACCAGCUGAGGAAAGGCAAGCCAAGGCGGCAGCAAUCAGCAGUAGCAGGCUCCUCACUCAAGAGGAUUUUAAGAAAAUCCGUCUGGCUCAAAUGGCCAAAGAAGUCAACGCCGCUCCAGGGAAGGGCCAGAAGAGGAAAAUGGUGGACAGUGAUGAAGAGAGCGAGAAAGGGGAGCUGAUUACACUGAGAGACAUCGAGAAACUGCAUAAAAAACCUAAAUCUGACAAAGAAACACGACUGGCAACAGCCAUGGCUGGACGUACCGACAGAAAGGAUUUUGUUAAAAAACAUACAAAGUUAAACCCCCACGCUAGCACCACCAACAAGGAGAAAAAGAGAAAGAAGAACUUUGUGAUGAUGACACACAGUCGGAACGUUCGAACUAAAGGCAAACGCUCCUUCAGAGAGAAACAGUUGGCUCUACAGGCGUCCCUCCUGAAGAAGAAGAAGCAUAAGUAGGACUUGAGGGCCUCGUGCUGCCUGUCAGACGGAUUUCAUAAACAUGAACUUUGACCAUGUCAAGAUAUUGUACAUUCUUUAAGUGGCUUGUAAACUUGGAAUUUUCCAUUUAUUGGCAAUUUAUCUACAUUUCCUCUUCUUUGAAAUAAAUCAUCGUUUCUAA